AUUAAUUUAUUGUAUUUUUUUAUGAAUAAUCUUAAAAAAUAUAUUAAUAUUCUGUACUCCUUCUCUAUAAGUAUGUGAAAUUUCUUACUGCUUCGUCCACGCAAUAUUCGUAAAAAGAGGUACAAACUUUUUGCUUCACGUAUUAAUAUAAAGAUUACUUGUAAUUGCGCUGUAAGUCAUAAUUACUAACAAUCUCUUUAAGAUAUCUUCAAUAUAAAAAAAUGCAUCUCAUCAGCAUCAAUCAACAUAUCUGGGAUUAUAGCUGUCAACGUUUACUAAAUUUUUUAAAAUAGAAAAAUAAUAACCUCCUUGCUUGUCAAAAGAUAACUGUAAAAAGAAAAAAUGCAAGCGUUCAAUACUUGUUUAUUAGUUACUAUGACAACCGUUCCGCUAUUUUGCAUGUUGUGGUGAACAGAUAAUGGAAUAAAAUAAUUUCAGUUGUCAGAUCAAUAAAAGUCGGUGAUUCAAGGAGAUCACGCGAUAUGGCCGAGUCUAAGAAAACAGGUAGAAAGAAAGGUAAAAAGGAUUUUAAAUCGAGUACUGAAAGCAAGGAUGAUAAUGAGGAUCUCUCGAGCGAUUCUGAUGUGAGUGAUCCAGAAGAAAAAGAUCAAGAAGUAGCUGUAGGACAUAUAGGUCGUAGAGUCGGCACAGCGGCUGUGACGAUCAACCGAGAAGAGUAUAUACAAGCCUACAGGGACCUUACAUUCGACAGGAAUCAACUGCAAAUGAAAAAUAAUAUUCUUCAUCGGAGAUUAGCGGAAUAUUACAGAAAAAGAAAACUGGAACAUGUUUUGAAGCCAUUAGAAGGUGCUGUGGACUUGGAAGAUAAAUAUCAACAAAAAUUAUUUUCUUACGAAGAACUGAAAAUGAAAGAAGAAAGGGAAAUUGCUGAUAUAAAGUCUAAAAUGCGUGCAGUGGAAAUACAGUACGAGGACAGAUUGCGAAUUGCGGAAAAGAAAUUCGAUGAUCUUCAGCAUUUGGAAAGGUCCACUGGUACUGGACUUAUUUAUUCAAAAAAAGGGAAGCCGAUUACUGAUAAGACAGUGGAACGGUUCUUGACCCUGCAAAGACGUAAAAGCGAACAAUCCUCUGCUUUAUGUCUCCGAUAUAUCAGAGUGAGAAACGCUGUCGUAGAAUUAGAAGCGAUUGUGAGGAAAUUGGAAAUGCUCGGUCCGGGACUUUACGUCGCUCACUACGAACAACUCUCCAUAGAUCGUCAAAAUUUUAUGACCAAAAUCGAAGAGCGUGAAGACGAAUUGAUAAAGAAUCGUGUAAAAUGUACAGAGCAUAAUCAAAUCUUGGCUCAUAUAAGGGAAAAAAUGAAUCACACGGAUGAAGUAAUUGAUACCACUGAAUGUGAUCUCGGUGAUGCCGAAAUAGAGUUUCUAAGAGCUAGAGAAGACCUUGCACAAGUGAAGAGUCAUCGCGACAGACUACGUUGGUCGCUGGAGGCAGAACGAAUGAAAGCGGGUCUGCUAACGAGAAAGGACCUGUUGCGUGACUUCCAGAAUGCCACAGACGAGGUAGGACAGUUAAGACAGAAAAAAGAAUUACUGGAAGCACAAAUUACUAAAACAACUGAUGAACUGAGAAAGGCACGAAGACGUAUGCAACUACAUCGAGGGACCAAUCAUGAAACUUACAAUAAUGAUUCCUAA